AUAAUAAGAAGAAAUGGGUUAUGUUUAUUGUUUUGACAUGUAGCUUUGAAUGUUUUGACUUUUAUUCAAACUUUUUCGAAACUUUCAAGUUUUUUUAAGACUUUAUGAUGAAGAACUAAGAACUGAAAUUCAAAAUCAUGUGUGAAACGAAGAGGCUUAUAAAGUGCGAGCGCCAGAGAAAAGUGAAUGAUUUACUGCUAAUAUGUGGGACCAUUUUUUUACUGCUAAUAAUUUCCAUCACAUUCAUUUCUGCAGUACAAGUUAUCAGGCUGUUACUCACAAGGACAGUGGAUCCCAUACAAAUAAUUCAUAUUGAGAGUCAAAAACCUGCUGUAUAUCAAACAAAUGAACGAUUUCUUAGCAUGGGAUUGGACAGUGCAAUUAUAGCAGAGGGAUUUAAGCAUUUCAAUAUGACUAAUGAAAAGUUGAUCACAAUGGUUCAAUAUCUUUCACCUGCAUAUAUCAGGAUAGGAGGAAACUUAGCUGAUAAGUUAUUUUUCUCAGUUAGUGAAACUGAGGAUGAUAUUCAGGAGUAUUAUAGAACCUAUUAUGAUGAAAGUGAAUUCUCAUACAUUCCACUUUUUCCAAAUUACACUAUGACAGGCACCCAGUGGUUGAUGCUCACUACUUUUGCCAAAAAAGCUGUGCUUGAUGUUUUCUUUGAUUUGAAUUCUCUGAUAAGGUUCACAAAUGGUUCUUGGGACUAUAGGAAUGCAGAGACAUUGAUUCAAUUCUCCAAUGACCACAAUCUUGAAGUUAAUUGGGAAUUGGGCAAUGAACCCAAUUCAUUCCAUCAUAAAUUCAAUGAGACUGUGAAUGCUACCCAAAUGGCUAAGGAUUUUGGAACCUUGAGGGCAAUUCUCAAUAAAUUUCCAAUGUACAAGGAUUCCUUACUAGUUGGUCCAGAUGUUACAAGACCAGAGGACAAUCACAAGGAAAGUGAAAUCUACCUAAAAGAGUUUGUAAAAAAUGCAGGGCAUAUUGUCAAUGCAAUAACUUUCCAUCAAUACUAUUUGAAUGGUCGUACAGCCUCACUUGAGGAUUUUUUAAAUCCUGAGGUGUUCAAUUACCUUGAAUUUCAGAUAAAAAAAGCACAGGAAAUUGUUAGAUCCUCAAAUAUUAUUGAUAAACCACUUUGGUUGGGUGAAACUGCCUCUGCUUAUGGUGGAGGUGCCCCUAACUUAACUGACACUUUUGUUGGUUCAUUCCUUUGGUUAGACAAACUGGGACUCUCAGCUAAAUUGGGCAUAAAUUUAUUAAUGAGACAGUCAAUUUUUCGCGGCAACUAUUCCUUGCUUGAUGAUAACUAUGACCCCAAUCCUGACUGGUGGAUUAGUAUCUUCUAUACCAGAUUGGUUGGUAACAGGGUAGUUCCUUUCAAUUUGGUGAGUUCCCCAAAAGUCAGAUUUUAUGUUCACUGCAUGCAUGAUUUUCCAAAUUCAAUCACUCUCUUUGGAAUGAACCUUGAUGAAAAAAUUGCAAAAAUUCGAAUAGAAGGAAUAUUUCCCAAUGUUUCAAUGGAAUAUCUUAAAGUUUAUGGUUUUCAUUUAACCUCUUAUGGUUCCUUGAAAUCAAAGACAAUAUUGAUGAAUGGAAAACCUCUGAAAAUGUUACCUGGAAAUAAAAUGCCCAAAUUGUAUCCAAAGGAAAUGAAUAUCAGACCUUAUAUUGAGGUACCACCUCUCACUAUUGUAUUUUGGUUUAUUGAUGUUAAAGUAAAGGCCUGUGAUUUUUCAUGAAAUGAGGAAUAUAUUAUCUCCUAGAUUUUUUGUGAUAUCUACCUAUAUUGUUUGUCUAGUAUUGAUCUGAAAUAUAUUGUAUAUACAUAUAUAGUCUUCCAUAAAGUAGUUUCUUGUUUCCAAUCUGAAAGAUUGAUGAGAGCAAAGAUUUGGAGACUCAACUAUGGCCACAGUAUAUUAUCCUUUCAUGUGAAAGAAUAAUAUACUGUGCUAAUGUACUUGUAUUUGUAUUGUACAUGACUUGCCAAACACUAAAUGUAAAUUGGUUAAAUAAAUCUAUCUAUGGCUGUAGAAGUUGAGAAGGUACCUAUACUCAAAGACCAAAAUGUGAUGGACGAAUUGAGUCCUCUUCUACCAUGAACAAGAGAGUGGAAACUGGAAAGUUCUCUCCUCUUCCAUCUUUCUCUUCAAUGCUACCAACAUGGCUACAUUGAAAUAUAGAGAGGUCCGAUAAAUCUUUCCUUGUUUAACAUCUAGUUUAUGUCACUGAACUAUUUUGGAAUUCAACAGAGUUCUUGAAACCUGUCAAAGCGGCAUGUUUACUUUGUUUUCAUUGGUUCACAUUUGUUUUUUGUCUGUGCUUAUUGGCUUUGUUAUUGGUCACAUUAUCAAAACAAACCGCUCAGAGUUCAAGUACCUAUUUACCGUCAGGUGGAGUGACGUGUUAUUUUCUAUCACGAAUAACAUCGAGAGUGACUAAUCUCUGACUAGAGGUUAGACAAGGAAAGAUUUAUCGGACUUCAAUGUAUAUUAUUUUCAUGAGAACACAGAACUAUUUAUAUUAUAUAUGUACAAUUAAUUUUACUACAGAGAUCAAAUGAUCUCAUAUUACAAUAACACUGUAGGUAGAUGUGAACCUUCUGUGAGUUCAUGAAAAUAUUAACUGGGUAUGAUGACGAAUUCAAACUCCUACCAAAGAUUCAUGUUAAGUACCCAUGUUACUCAUUAAAAUAAAUCAAUUUUCGAUGAAGACAUUUUAUUUUUAUAAAACAAAUUCAAGCAAUAA